CAUCUUUCAGUUUCAGUAUGUCAAUUUGUAAUAAGUAGCAGUGUUCGUCCUACAUCAUCAGUCAUACAUUAGUUCCUUCACAACGAAGAGUGCCACACUUUUGCCAAAUAUGGUUCAUAAACUGUUUCUGUUUCUUGUAUACGUCUACGCUUGUGUUUACUCUGCUGUGAAUGCUACAGUAAAGGAGAUUGUUGUAAAUUGUGAGGAAGAUGCACUUCUCACGUGUGAAGCUGGCAUGGAGUUCGGGGUGACAUAUCGAGCUUUACUCUGGUACAAGUGUGAUGAAGAUCUCCCAGGCUCUUUGACAGGAAUCAUUCGCAAGAAAAUAAAGAGCAAUCAGACCCAAAGGUUUAAUGGAUUUAAUCGGUCAGUUGAAGUAUUGGAUGAUGGUUCAUAUGAUCUGAAAAUAAACAAUGCCACAGUGGAGGACAGUGGAAAGUACAAGUGCUCUCUAUCAGCACCACUUGGAAAGCAGAACAAAAAGGGAUACGUCCAAUUAAAGGUUCUUGGUUGUCCAACUCAUCAGACAAUUACUUACUGGGACACUUACUGUAUUGUUUUCACAGUGAUAAUACUGGUAGCAUUAGUGACAUGUUUCUUGUCUUGGAAAUGUUUGAAAACUGUUUUAGAAGGUGGCCUCAGUGUUAUUAAGGAGCCGAUUAAGAUAAACAUGAAGAAUAUUCAGAAGGCGGCAAACUUGCCACUUCUUCAGAAAACCAGCUUGAAUGGAGUUGAAGCCCAGAAUCCUGCUGGAAAUACCUGUCAGCACCACACGUGUCUGUUAUUACCUUGAUUUGGGAUGAACGUCUUGCUCCUACAGUAGCUGCACUUGCAAGAUAGAGGUAUUUGCCAUGGCGCAGAAUCCGGUCACCAAUCCAGGUUGUAAACAGUGAAAGGUGACAGAGAGAGAAAAAGCUGCACUAAUAGAAAUUGAGGAAGGAAUGCUUUACAGAUGUGGUACAGUUUGGACAAACACAUGUAUUAAAGAGUCUGUAGUCCAUAGCAACAUGAGCCUGUUGCUCAGCUGAAUGAUGGGAGACUCAGAGCGGAAGAGGCACAAACAGACUUUUUUUUUUUUUUUGAAGUCCUGGAAUUUAGAAAAUAAAUACUAAAAGUCUUGCCAUAGAAGAACUAUAACUACAGACCACGCAGUGUGGUUAAAAAUGUCAUUAUUCUGUUCUAUAAAAUGAAGUACAUAUUGUGAUGCUCAAGUUUUCCAUCAUACCAAUAGGUCUAAUUUUUAAUUUUGUCAUGGCAGAGGACGUAUGUUAUGUGGUACCACAGUGCCAUCUUGUGGGUAUUAUUAUGCUUUUGAAAAAGUAAAUUGUAACAGUUUUAGGAAUACUAAGGAAGGGUACUACAGUCAAACAUUUGGGUCCCCAGACCACUUAGUAUGGAUAAUACUGAGUGCUUUUGUAUUUACUUGAAAUAAUUUCAACAGGAAUAAGUAGGUGUUCUACUUUUACUUUUAGAAUAUGAACAUAUUCAUGUUUGUACACUACUGACUUCUGUAACCAAUCAUAAUGAAAAGUUAAAUAAGCUAUAAUAUUGCAUGGAAAUCAACUGCAAAGAGCAGCAAAUUCAAGACCAUACAGCAUAACAAAGUUACUUUCAAAUUUCAUAUAUAUAUAUAGUACAGUGUAGGUUAUUUAACAAUACACACCUCGUUCAGAGUUUCAUUUUUUAUGUCAAUCAGUCAAAGCAAUUUUGUUGUUUUUUAUAAUAAACAAAGAAAAAAAAACAGAUUAAGCCUUAUUCAUUUUGUUGCAGAGGAUUUUUAUUUAGCCGAUUGGUCAGAUCUUCUGACCAAAUAUAAAAUGGUCUCAACUAAAGCAAGUAAUAACCUUUCCUCCUUUUACUUAAUAGACUACAUUACAUACAUUAUAUUUCUUGCCAUAUUCGGGACUUAAACCUCAUUUAAAAACAUAUGACUUGGCAUUCUCUUUAAUCUCUUCAAGCAGGAACGUGCAUACAGUAGGUCAACAUGCAGCCCCUACAUACUGUAUUAACCCACCCUUCAG